CUUNAGGAAGCUCUUGAUGGAGUCCCACUAUUACUCAAGGGUGAGGCUGCCAUCUGGUGGCAAGGAGUCAAAACACAAGUGACUACCUGGGAGCAAUUCGGGAUUCGAUUACGCCAUGCAUUUGCACCAAAGAAACCUGCGUACAUCCUGUACCAAGAAAUAGUCGGUGAAAAACAGCGCGAUGACGUCACAACUGAAAAAUUUGUAGCUCACAAAAGAAUGUUGUUCGCGCAGCUGCCUUCACCACAACACACAGAGGAACAACAACUCGAUAUGAUUUUCGGACAAAUAAACCUCAAACUCAGGGAAAAGAUACCCAGAGGUUCCGUACAUUCCUUUGACGAAUUGUUGGCCGCCGCAAGGGAAGUAGAAGAACUCAUGGCUGAUGUGAGCUUGACCAAGGAUAUACUGGUCCCGCCACCACAACGUAAUAUCAAGAAACGGUGUGAGUUCUGCCAUUUUGUGGGCCACACAAUCCAAGAUUGUAGGAAACUCCAACGUCCAAAUAGUGAGGAUGAAGAAGAUGGAAAUACUUCAUCGCCUACACUGACGCAAGCACCCGAAGUCAUUGCCACUCAAGUCAAAUCCCUCAGUCCUUCAUCUCCACGCUUUUCAUGCUACGGUUGCGGUGCGCCAGGAGUCGUCAGGAGCAAAUGUCCAACAUGCACAAGAUCAAAAACACAAAAUCAAGAUAUCGGACUUUAUGCCAUUGACAUACGUAUAGCCACAACACCGAAACCAGAGAUGUUUGACAACAUGAAGAUCGUCAAGGAGACUGCUUGUACGAAACUGAAUCAUGGAUUGACUGCAAACUUUGUGUUAGAAAAGACAGAUACAAGACUCCUUUACAUGAAUACAGAUGUUUUGGGAGUAGUUCAUGAGCAGGGGGAGGGGAAAGAAACCCCUGUUGUUAUGGAAACAAUUGACAAACAGUCUCAUUGUCGUCCAGAAUACCAAAAUGAAGAUUUGGUACUAAGUGAUCUACAUUCCGCAGUCAAGGAAUCGCGAAGAAUCACAGGCAAAAACACUCCAAGAUGCGAACGUUCUUAUGAAUUUACCAGACAACCUGGACCUGCGUUCUGUAUGACAUCUUCACAUAAAGCCCUGGGCAAACAUCAAAGAUGGAACAAACGAAACUUCAGAAGAUGGUCUAAGAAGACGAAAGAUGAACCAGUUGUUCACCGACGAGGCCGUGGACGUCACAAGAACGUAAUCCAGAUCUUCUCGUCGGGACGACUUCGUGAUCUGAGGGGGAUGGUGUAACAACGUCACAUUUAUCAAUCAAUACUACUAGCGCCAUCUCGUGGUGUUCGCCUGCAUUACCAAGCCACCGCGGAUCACCGUGCUUAUUGCAAGAUCUAUUCAGUCUAGGAAAUGUUUGCGCCGCUCGCCGCUAGAUGCCACUAGCACAUUGAGAGUCGAUUUCUACACCGCGGUGUCCAGAUUUUUUUUCCCUUAAAGACCUUCCGACGAUUAUGUUGAAUAAAGUAAGUUUUGUGAGGCGUAAGUAAUAAGCCAAGGUUGCAUCCGACUGUGACGUUCUUUAGGGGAAUCACAGAUUGGGACUUCCGAACGCCUAAUUACAAAUUGCCAGCGAUUCUCCCGCGUCUGUGUCCAACGUCCUUGCGGGAAUUGGUCUACGGACGGGAGACGCCCGCACUUCAUUUUUGUAUCUGCCCCGUACUUUGAAAUAAAAGUACCCCAUUUUUGCAUCAACGCGGUGUUGUUAUUUGGAGCCCUUCACCCCGCUUGUCAGCCGAAAAACUCAACCCUACAAAACUGGCGACCAACGGUGGGCCUGACAAGCACCAGCCCAAAUACAUCACCAAGUUCGGCCGUGUCACCACCUAUCCAGUAAGCAGCAACCAAAGCAAGAAGAUGACAGUAAGCUUAACGAAUGAGCAGUUCCAAGCACUACUUGCAAAACUUUCAAUGAGCCGCCGAGGAAGCUUCGCUCAAUGCACGGCAAGUUAUGAAGGUGAGAAGAACCCCGAAACGGUUGAAGCAUUUUUAGCGGCAGUAAGCAUAUUCAAGAAGAUAGAAAAUAUCCCAGACCAGGAAGCUCUUGAUGGAGUCCCACUAUUACUCAAGGGUGAGGCUGCCAUCUGGUGGCAAGGAGUCAAAACACAAGUGACUACCUGGGAGCAAUUCGGGAUUCGAUUACGCCAUGCAUUUGCACCAAAGAAACCUGCGUACAUCCUGUACCAAGAAAUAGUCGGUGAAAAACAGCGCGAUGACGUCACAACUGAAAAAUUUGUAGCUCACAAAAGAAUGUUGUUCGCGCAGCUGCCUUCACCACAACACACAGAGGAACAACAACUCGAUAUGAUUUUCGGACAAAUAAACCUCAAACUCAGGGAAAAGAUACCCAGAGGUUCCGUACAUUCCUUUGACGAAUUGUUGGCCGCCGCAAGGGAAGUAGAAGAACUCAUGGCUGAUGUGAGCUUGACCAAGGAUAUACUGGUCCCGCCACCACAACGUAAUAUCAAGAAACGGUGUGAGUUCUGCCAUUUUGUGGGCCACACAAUCCAAGAUUGUAGGAAACUCCAACGUCCAAAUA